GAGUGCUGCUAGGAUUUGUAAAGGGAGGGGAACCAAUUUUGUCAAAAGACUUCAUGUUUCCAUACAUUUCAAUACCUUAUUGAUGUUUUGAUAAAAAUCUUUCUUUGCUGAUGAUAAUCAAGCACAUAAAUAUCCACAUAGAAGCAAGCUGUCUUGCUGCUAUAAUUGAAGAUUGCAGAGUUAUGAGCAGAAAUCCUGGAUCAAUUGGUCUGAAUUUCAGACAUAUAGAAGGCAACAGAGCAGCACACAACACAUUGUCUUGCUUCUUUGUCCUCUAAUUUUCAUGCACAUAGUUCAUAGUUUUUUCACCAACACUAUCUCGAAGAGCAAAUGAAUGAAAGGAACACGUAUUGAAUCCCACUUAAUGGUUUUACUCGCAAAGCUAGUCGGAGUCGCCAUUUAUGAUUGCUACAAUACGGUGGUGGCUCAAGCUUUCUCAGGAGUGAAACGUGAAAGAAGAAGGAAACGGAACGGAGAUGGAUUAAUAAAACGGAACUGAUGGGGAAGAAAGUCAGAAAGAAGACUCGAGGUUCUGCCAAGGAGAAGGGGGUUGCUACCCAUUUGCCUAUCAAGGUUAUUGAGUCAUCCAACCCGACUGUUGAGUCUGUUGAUGAGGUUGCAAAAGAGACUAAUUCUUGCCCUCAUCUUGUAAAAGGUGUUAAUUUUGACAGAUUGUCCACUAAGAUUGGUUCUUCUGGAUCCGUUAGGUGUGAAGAUUGUAGGGAAGGUGCGAAUGAUAGAAGGAGUGGUAAAGGAAAAGGUAAACAUGAGAAGAAGAAAGGUGGCGCAUCAUUAGAUUCAAAAUCUGAGUCAAAAUCUAUAUGGGUUUGUUUGGAGUGUGGUCGAUAUACCUGUGGAGGCGUGGGGCUACCAAUAACCCCUCACUGCCAUGUGGUAGGGCAUGCGAGGAAAAAUCGGCACCCUUUGGUAGUUCAUUUUGAUAAGCCCCAAUUGUGUUGGUGUUUUCCUUGCAACAUGCUUGUUCAAGUUGAUAAAUUUGAAAAAACUGAUGAAUCGUGUCAUCUUCUAUCUGAUGUUGUGAAAUUGUUGAAAGGACGAUCACAAGAAAAAUCUUCAGUGGAUAUUGAGGAUGUCUCCGUUGGGGAUGACAGUAUUACUUCAGAAAUUAAGUCAAGAGCUCUGUUUGCAAAUGAUUCAUAUGGACAAGCUGGUUAUGUAGUUAGAGGUAUGAUUAAUCUUGGGAAUACUUGCUUCUUCAAUUCAAUUAUGCAAAAUCUGCUAGCUAUGAAUAGAUUGCGGGACAACUUUCUAAAGUUAGAUGCUCCUGUUGGGCCACUUAUUAGUUCCUUGAAGAAGCUUUUCACUGAAACAAACCCCGAAUCAGGAUUGAAAAAUGUUAUAAAUCCUAGAUCUUUUUUUGGCUGUGUAUGUUCUAAGUCUCCCCAAUUUCGAGGAUAUCAGCAGCAUGACAGUCACGAAUUGCUCCGUUGUUUACUGGAUGGGUUAAGUACUGAAGAACUAGCUGGAAGGAAACAGAGUGGUUCUCCCAAGGGAGAUGGGACCUCUUCCAAUACUUUAGUUGAUGCUUUAUUCGGGGGUCAGAUAUCUAGUACUGUAUGUUGCAUAGAGUGUGGGCAUUUCUCAACAGUGUAUGAACCUUUCUUAGAUCUUUCAGUGCCAGUUCCUACUAAGAAACCUCCACCUUGCAAGGCCCAACAAGUACCACGGACCAAAAAAGCUAAACUUCCACCAAAAAAAGGUGGAAAAACUCGAGUCAGAGUUAACAGGGACACUUAUCCCUUACCGGUUCAAACUCAAUCAAACCAAUUAUCCAGCUCAGAAUCAUCUUGCCCUGAUCAGUCUGUUAUAUCAGUUGCUGGAGAGAUGGGGACUUGUUCUGCUGAUUCUACAUUAUUAGGUUCUGAAGAAAUAAAAAGUGUAGCUGAUAAAGAGGACUUGUCUUCACCUAAUUUGGUUACUCCUGGAGAGUCUCAACAUAUGCAAGUGCUUGACAAUGGUGCAAUCAAAACAUCAGACGGAUUUUCAUGGUUGGAUUAUGUGGAAGCUGGAACUAAUGAAUGUGAUUUCAUUUCCCAAAAGGAGGAUGCCCCAGAGGUACAGGGUACUGAGAGCAAAGAUGAAUGUUUAAAUGAAUUGCAUGGACAGGCCAUCUGUGAAUCUAGUGGUCUUGUUUGUUUCCUUAAGGAGGAUGAAAACCUAAGUCCCAAAUUUUCUUCAGCAAAUGGGUGGGAAGACAAGGUUCCAUUACAAGUUCAAGGUUCAGAAGUGCUGUUACUUCCAUACAAAGAAGAAAGUUCCUCUGCUGCUGAGAUCAUUGGAGGGGAUGGUGAGGCCUCCUCAUCUGUUUUGGGUGGUGGUCAAGAAGAAGUGGAGUUUGAUGGCUUUGGUGACUUAUUCAAUGAGCCUGAAGUUGUUGCUGGGCCUGCUCCUAGACCAUCUUCAUGUAGAGAGGUUAUGGAAGCUGGUUUUAUCAUAAGCAACAGUGAGUCUGAUCCAGAUGAAGUAGAUGAUACAGAUUCUCCUGUCUCUGUAGAGAGUUGCUUGGCACAUUUUAUAAAACCCGAGCUUCUCUUGGAUGAAAAUGCUUGGCAUUGUGAGAACUGUUCAAAAUUUCUCCAACAUCAAAAGAUGGAAGAGAAAAAGCAUGCAAGAGCUGUAUCUGAUGGAAAUGAAACUGGAAUUUAUGAUGAACCAUGGCAUGCAGUUAACUCUUGUUCUGUUAAAGUCAGAACCAAUGGAAAUGGGGACAUAAAGAAUGACACAAACGUAGAAAAUUUGGUUGCAUGUGAUAAACACAACACAAAGCUUGAAAAUGGUCAAAGAGAUGAGCUUAGUUUAAUUGUUAAUGAAAGGGAUAGCGGAUCAUCUGAAAUGGAAGACACACAUAUUGAUGAAUUACAGUCUUCAAGUUUUCGUAAUACUUGCAAUGAAGAAAGCUGUAGUCAUUUAGCUGCUGAUUCUUGUGUUAUUGAAAAUGUCCAAAGAAGAGAUUCUCCGAUGAUAGGUAAUGAUAACAAUGACUCAGAAGAAGAGGCUGGCUCCAAAAGCGUGAAAGUGAAGAGGGAUGCAACUAAGAGGGUCCUCAUUUAUAAAGCUCCUCCUGUCUUGACCAUUCAUUUGAAGAGAUUCAGCCAAGAUGCCCGUGGUCGCUUAAGUAAAUUAAAUGGCCAUGUCAAUUUCAGAGAAACGAUGGAUAUUAGACCCUAUAUUGAUCCCAGGUGCAUAAAUGAAGAGAAGUAUGAAUACCACUUGGUUGGCUUAGUGGAGCACUCCGGAACUAUGAGAGGGGGUCACUAUGUUGCGUAUGUGAGAGGGGCCCAGAGGAACAGUGGGAAGGGUGGUGAUAAAGAGAAUGAGGGUUCCACAUGGUAUCAGGCAAGUGAUGCAUAUGUGCGUGAAGUUUCCCUUGAUGAAGUUCUUCGCUGUGAGGCAUACAUUUUAUUCUACGAAAAAAUUUGACUGGAACGUCUACUUUAUACGUAUUUUUAUUCGAGGUAUAUAUAACGGUUUACUAAAUUUGAGAGGAAGGGAGAUAAAUCAUUGCGGGUGAGUGUAAAAAUUACCUGUAUACCAUUUUUUCGACAUGUGAUGAGGUGUUGAAUGUACAAUGCGAUGCCAUACAGUCAAAAGUCAAUUUUUUCUUUUGGUGCUAACUGUCAAAGCAAAUUUCAGCUCU